AUGUCAAUACAUGAUGGUAUCUCAUGUGAUUUAUGUCGAAAAAUAAAUUUUCCCGGUUGUCGUUAUAAAUGUUUAAUAUGUAAUGAUUUUGAUUUAUGUGCAAUAUGUUAUGAUAAAAAACAAAAUCUAUCUGUUCAAACACAUUCUAUUCAUCAUUCAAUGCAAUUUAUAAUAACACCAAAUGAUUUUGAAUAUAUUUAUUUUGGAUAUAAACGUACACAAUAUAAUCAAAUAUCAUUAACAUGUUCUUAUUGUAAUCAAAAUGGUUUUGAUUUAAAUUUUUUAAUUAAACAUAUUAAUAAACAACAUAGAAUAUUAAAAUAUUCUGUUCUAUGUCCAAUUUGUUUUAUUCGACAAAAUAAUCUUUAUGAACAUCUUCAUCAACAUAUAGAAGAAAAUUUAAAUUUUAAAAUAAAAAUUUUUAAACAAAUAAAAAUUUUUAAUUCAAAUGAAAAAUUUCUUGAACAAUCCUUAUUAAAAAAAUUAAUUAAUAAAUAUACGAAUAAAAAUGAAAAUGAACAACGAAAUUUAUUUCUAUAUUCUUUACUUACUGAUUUAUUAAGUCAAAAAUCUUUUAAUAAUAAUAUAUAA